AUGACAGCAUGGCAGGACGAGUGGACUUGUGCACGACUGUCGCUGCGUCUUCGCGACAAUCAGCUCUUUCAGGGCGAGACUGUGGACGUUCAAGUGUGUGCUGAGGUCAUGCCAUCGUUUAUCAGGUCUAAAACUCCGACUGAAAAGCUGAAGGAACGUGGAAAUUCUCCAGUGCUGCAGCGCUGGAAAGAUCGUUUCGAGGGAGCGCGCGUCCACAUUCGGGUCGAGGAGGUUGUGGUCUCGGAAACAGACAUAAAAGCCGCAAGCAGCUCCGCUCCAAGUCUAUCUCCUAUACUCCGACAAGAGACACAGGUUUCCCACGUCGUUGAGGGAACAGCGGGGGAAGGAGAUGGGGUAGUAGUGGUGCUGAAGGCUCGGUUGGACCUCAAGGUCUGUCGUGAGUUCUGGGACCGACCGUUGCUGCUGGUUGUGCACAUGGCACCGAAGGAAGGCGCUGUCCAAGUUGCUCAAGGGGAUAAUGAUGACGACGUAUCCCUUGAUAUCAGAGAUAGAGAGUCUUUCGGACCUCUACUGCUACAAGACGAGUAUGCAAGCGCUCAACUUGUUUCUCUCACCCGGGAGCAGGCUCAGCCAACGCUGCUGAUGACGCGGCGUGUCGAGCAGCAUAUUGUAGUCACAAAGCCGUUGCGUCUUGCGCUUGAGUCUCGUGAGCUCGCUGGACAACGCGUCGGGAUACUGGCUCGAGUCUCAAACAGAAACCGGUCGUUAGCAUUGUCGGUGCGAAACUUGCGUCUUCACCUGGACCAGUCGUUAAGUGCUCAAAACGCAGAGAUGUGUCGCUUUCGUAUUGUGGGUAGUGACAAAGUGCUGAUCCCGGUUGUGUUGCAACCUCAAGAGCGCUACAGCUUCCUUUUCGUGUUGGAGCCUGCAGAAACGUCGAUGCUGCACGCGUCGCCCGGACUAGAAGGAGACAAUGAAGUGAAAGUCGCGCCAUCCGUAUUGGAUUUUGCGACGACUUCCACUCCUCAGCGUACAUCAUUGACGCUGUCUUGGAAACCAAUUACUGGUUCAGUCAAUGCUACUACAGAAACUUGUACAAUCGAUUGGCACCCAAAGGUACCUUCGGAAGUGUUUACCUCGCUGUUAAAUGGCGGAGACAAGCUUCGAAUUUGCAUUCGAAAGCUGGUGACGAAUCUGCUGCAACACGAAAAAACGCUCUGUGCUGAUUUCAAAUGUGUGCGACUUCUGCCGAACUCGGUGUUGCAGAUGACCGUUGCACCUUUUGCAUCCAGCGUAUCGAUCGGAGUCGCCGUCCCGGCCAGUGUGACGGUGGUGAAUCGAUCACUGUGCACCGGUUUCGACUUGACGUUAGUGCACCCCUCGCAAGUCACAGAUGUCAUGGAUGGGAAUAACUGUGCUGCACCAGUCGUUGUGGGAUUUGAAGGCUCUCAAAGAUUGGGGUUCAUCCGUCCAGGCAUGAGCGUCGAGCAAAGUAUGCACAUUGUUUUUCUGCGAUCGGGAAUGUGCAGGCUAGGACCAAUAGUGCUGGUUGACCACUUGACACACACAUGCUUCGUAUCUGAUGACUGGAAUGUUUUCGUGGACAUAUGA